AUGACCACGUGGAGUGUCCCGCGGAGGCCCUGCCGCGCGUUCGGACUCCUGCUGCUGGUGAUCGUGAGUUUCCUGGUGCUCCGCAGGUAUUUGCGCCUCGAGCAGGGCAGCUGUGACCGUGAGGUGGCUCAGAGGCUGGACUGGCACCGUCUGCUCUCUCCCUCAUGGAGACGCCGGCAGUCCGGGCUGCACACCCAGGGCCAGAACUUUAUGCUGGAGGACUCCACCUUCUGGAUCUUGGGGGGCUCCGUGCACUAUUUUCGGGUGCCCAAGGCUUACUGGAGGGACCGCUUGCUGAAGAUGAAGGCCUGUGGCUUGAACACCCUCACCACCUACGUCCCAUGGAACCUCCACGAGCCGCACCGCGGCGCGUUUGACUUCUCCGGGAACCUGGACCUCGAGGCCUUUGUCCGGAUGGCUGCGGAGACUGGGCUGUGGGUGAUUCUGCGUCCAGGCCCCUACAUCUGCAGCGAGGUCGACCUCGGCGGCUUGCCCAGCUGGUUACUCCAAGACUCUGGCAUGAAGCUGAGAACAACUUACAAGGGCUUCACCGAAGCAGUGGACCUUUAUUUUGACCACCUGAUGUCCAGGGUGGUGCCCCUCCAGUACAAGCACGGAGGCCCCAUCAUCGCUGUGCAGGUGGAGAAUGAAUAUGGCUCCUAUAACAAAGACCCUGACUACAUGCCUUACAUCAAGAAAGCCUUGGAGGACCGAGGGAUUGUGGAGCUGCUCUUGACCUCAGACAACAAGGACGGCCUGAGCAAGGGGGUCGUCAACGGAGUGCUCGCCACCAUCAACUUACAGUCGCAGCACGAGCUGCAGUUCCUGAGCGCCUUCCUCCUACGUGUCCAGAGGGAUCAGCCCAAGAUGGUGAUGGAGUACUGGACGGGGUGGUUCGACUCCUGGGGAGGCCCGCACAACAUCCUGGAUUCUUCUGAUGUUCUAAAAACAGUGUGUGCCGUCCUCGAUGCUGGCUCUUCCAUCAACCUGUACAUGUUCCACGGAGGCACCAACUUUGGCUUCAUCAACGGCGCCAUGCACUUUCAUGAAUACAAGUCUGACGUCACCAGCUAUGACUAUGACGCGGUGCUGACUGAAGCUGGGGAUUACACAGCCAAGUACACCAAGCUCCGAGAAUUGUUCGGCUCCAUCUCAGGUGGCCCUCUUCCUGCCCCGCCUGAGCUUCUCCCCAAGGCUGCAUAUGAGCCCCUGCGGCCAGCCCUUUACCUGUCGCUGUGGGAUGCCCUGCAGUUCCUGGAGGAGCCAACCAAGUCUGAGAAGCCCGUCAACAUGGAGAACUUGCCGGUAAACAACGGAAGUGGCCAGUCCUUUGGGUACACUCUGUACGAGACAACCAUUGACACAUCUGGCGUCCUCAGUGGUCAUGUGCGUGACCGGGGACAGGUAUUUGUGAACACAGUGUCUGUUGGAUUUUUGGACUAUAAAAGGAAGCAGAUUGUUAUCCCCUUGAUCCAGGGCUACUCCAUGCUGAGGAUCCUGGUGGAGAACUGCGGGCGAGUCAACUACGGGGAUGCUCUCGAUGACCAGCGCAAAGGUGUAAUUGGGGAUAUCUAUCUGAAUAAUUCUCCCCUGAGAAACUUUAGAAUCUACAGCCUGGACAUGAAAAAGAACUUCUUCCAGAGGCUCAGCUCCAAUGCGUGGAGCCCUCUCCCCGACGCACCUGUGUUCCCUGCUUUCUUCUUGGGUGCCUUGCCUGUCGACCUUCCCCCUUUGGACACCUUUAUGAAGCUGGAGGGCUGGGAGAAGGGGGUCGCAUUCAUCAAUGGCCAAAACCUCGGACGCUACUGGAACAUCGGACCCCAGGAGACGCUCUACCUCCCAGGUGCCUGGUUGGACCAAGGCAUCAACCAGGUCAUUGUAUUCGAGGAGAAGAUGGCAGGCCCUGUGAUCCAGUUCACUGACACGCCCCACCUGGGCAGGAAUCAGUACCUUAACUGA